CUGCCGCCAUUUUGGAGUGAUCCGAGUGCCGCCCGCGGCCCCGAGUCGGUCUCCAGCCGCCGGCCGGCCGCGCCGGUGUCCGUAGGCGCUGAGCCCCGGGCUGGGCCCAUGUGUGUGCGGCCGGCCCGAGGCCGCCUGGGCUUUGCCUCCACCAGCGCCCUGGCCUCCGUUCGGGCCUCCGCACGGGCCUCCGAGGAGCUGCCGCGACGCCCGGCCCGCAGGGCAGGUAAAGAGUUUAUAAAUCUUCCACUGAAUGAAAAAAAUUUUUCUUAAAGCUGCAUAUACUCCAAGAAAAAAAUCCACAAAUGUUUUUCUAUUUUGCCUGAAUACAUGAUUUAAACGAGGUUUCCACAGAAGGGCUCUUUCAUGGAACCAUAUGAUCAUAUGGGCAACACUUCUGUUUGAGAUCUACCUUCUGUUUGAUGGAUAUGCCAUCCUGAAAAAAGUGAAGAAGCUGAACUUCAAGGUCCUUUCAUUUAGCAUUGGCUCCGUGGCCAUCACGAUGUUCUGGAAGUUUGACUUGAAUACCACGUCCCAUGUUGACAAGCUGCUGGACAAGGAGCAUGUGACGCUGCAGGAGUUAAUGGAUGAAGAUGACAUCUUGCAGGAGUGUAAGGCUCAGAACCAGAAGCUGCUGGACUUCCUGUGCAGGCAGCAGUGCAUGGAGGAGCUGGUGAGCCUCAUCACACAAGAUCCACCCCUGGACAUGGAGGAGAAGGUCCGCUUCAAAUACCCAAACACAGCCUGUGAGCUUCUGACUUGUGAUGUGCCGCAGAUCAGCGACCGCCUCGGUGGGGACGAGAGCCUGCUGAGCCUCCUGUAUGACUUCCUGGACCACGAGCCGCCACUCAAUCCUCUGCUCGCCAGUUUUUUCAGCAAGACCAUUGGCAAUCUCAUUGCAAGAAAAACCGAACAGGUGAUUACAUUUUUGAAGAAGAAGGACAAGUUCAUCAGCCUGGUAUUGAAGCACAUCGGCACUUCAGCGCUUAUGGACCUGCUUCUGCGCCUGGUCAGCUGUGUGGAGCCAGCCGGGCUCCGGCAGGAAGUCCUGCACUGGCUGAAUGAAGAGAAAGUCAUCCAGAGGCUUGUGGAAUUGAUCCACCCGAGUGAGGACGAAGAUAGGCAGUCGAACGCUGCGCAGACUCUCUGUGACAUUGUUAGGCUGGGCAGAGACCAGGGCAGUCAGCUGCAAGAGGCUCUGGAGCCAGACCCCCUCCUCACAGCGCUGGAGUCCAGGCAGGACUGUGUGGAGCAGCUUCUGAAGAACAUGUUUGACGGGGACAGGACAGAGAGCUGCCUCGUCAGCGGGACGCAGGUGUUACUCACCUUGCUGGAAACCAGGCGGGUUGGGACAGAGGGCCUGGUGGACUCCUUUUCUCAGGGACUGGAAAGGUCGUACGCUGUCAGCAGCAGCGUGCUACACGGCAUCGAGCCUCGGCUGAAGGACUUCCACCAGCUCCUGCUCAACCCGCCCAAGAAGAAAGCGAUCCUGACCACCAUCGGUGUGCUGGAGGAGCCCCUGGGGAAUGCCCGCCUGCAUGGUGCCCGCCUCAUGGCAGCACUGCUGCACACAAACACACCCAGCAUCAACCAGGAGCUCUGCCGGCUCAACACCAUGGACUUGCUGCUGGACUUGUUUUUUAAGUACACCUGGAAUAACUUUUUGCACUUCCAAGUGGAACUAUGCAUAGCCGCUAUUCUCUCCCAUGCUGCCCGUGAGGAGAGAACAGAAGCCAGCGGAUCCGACAGCAGGGUGGAGCCUCCGCAUGAGAAUGAGAACCGGAGCCUGGAGACCCCCCAGCUUGCUACCAGUCCCCCUGACAACACGAUGGUGACCCAUCUGUUCCAGAAGUGCUGCCUGGUGCAGAGGAUCCUAGAGGCCUGGGAAGCCAACGACCACACGCAGGCAGCAGGUGGCAUGAGGCGUGGGAACAUGGGCCACCUCACGCGGAUUGCCAACGCGGUGGUGCAGAACCUGGAGCGGGGCCCUGUGCAGACACACAUCAGCGAGGUCAUCCGAGGGCUCCCUGCGGAUUGCCGAGGCCGCUGGGAGAGCUUCGUGGAGGAGACGCUGACGGAGACGAACCGCAGGAACACUGUGGACCUGGUGAGCACUCACCACCUUCACUCCUCAAGUGAGGACGAGGACAUUGAGGGUGCUUUCCCUAACGAGCUGUCCCUUCAGCAGAUCCAGCAGAUGACAGCCAACUUCGUGGAUCAGUUUGGCUUCAAUGAUGAGGAGUUUGCAGACCAGGAUGACAACAUUAACGCCCCGUUUGACAGGAUUGCAGAGAUCAACUUCAACAUCGAUGCUGACGAGGACAGUCCCAGCGCAGCUCUGUUUGAGGCCUGCUGCAGCGACCGCAUCCAGCCCUUUGAUGACGAUGAGGAUGAGGACAUUUGGGAGGACAGUGACACUCGCUGUGCCGCCCGGGUGACGGCCAGAGCCAGGUUUGGAGUCCCCCAUGCUUCAGAGAGCUGCUCAAAGAACGGCCUGGAGUGCAGAAGCCAGGACAGGAAGGCGAGCUCAGUAGAUGGAGACGUGCCUGGGGCAGAUGCCCCCCCAGCCCCUGGGAAGAACGAAGCCCCCACUGUGGAGGGUGACUCAGAAGCAGGCGCCACGUGGACGGCAGUGUUUGAUGAGCCAGCGAACUUGACGCCCAUGGCCCCAGGAGUGGUGAGGGAUGUGGGUUCCAGUGUGUGGGCAGCUGGCACCUCAGCUCCAGAGGAGAAAGGCUGGGCCAAGUUCACCGAUUUCCAACCUUUCUGCUGCGCUGAGUCAGGACCCAGGUGCAGCUCUCCGGUGGACACAGAAUGCAGCCAUGCCGAGGGCAGCCACAGCCAAGGCCCCGAGAAAGCCUCCAGCCCGGCUUCCCCAUGUGCCUGGAAUGUGUGUGCCACCAGGAAGGCCCCCCUGCUGGCCUCUGACAGUAGCUCCUCUGGCGGCUCUGACAGCGGGGAUGAGGACCAGAAGGCAGCAACUGCCGUGGAGGCUGUGAGCAGGGGUCCCGGCUGGGAGGCCCCAGCACUGCCUGCAGUGACCAGGACAGAGGAGGCUGUCAGCAGGGCCGAGUGUGCUGACAGCAAGCUGUUAGACCCUGCCUGCCCCGUGCCAAAGGAAGUGACCGCUGACCCAGCUGUGGCUGCACACCCAGAGGCUACCGUGGCCACCACCACAGCACUGAGCAAGGCUGGCCCCCCCAUAGCCACCCCAGCAGUCUCUUCUGCAGUGGCCGUGGCAGCCCCCCUAGGGCCCAUCAUGGCAGUCACAACAGCCCCAGCCAUGGUGGCCACCCUGGGAACAGUGACAAAGGACAGGAAGACAGACGCCCCGCCAGAAGGAGCUGCCUUAAAUGGCCCCAUGUGAUGCUGCUGCCGCCCGGCCACGGCCCGCCCUGGUCAGGCUGCAUCCUAAUCGAGAAAACUACCUGGUGAUGCAAUUUUUUUUUAAUUUAAUUUAAUUUUGAAAUAAAUGCUGCAUUGGUAAAGCUGCCAGUUGAAACCAGUUGGACGGCCCAGCUUGCGUCUCCUGCCUGACCGAGUGGGCCCUGCUGGAGGACAGAGGGUGCACCUCAGCUGCCCCCGGCCCGGAGCACAGCAAUAAGGUCUCAGGCACGCGACCUCUGCCUGCAGGAGCCGCAGGAGCUGGGGUGGGGGGUGGGGGCAGGACCCUGAGAUGGCACCAGGACCUGAUGGCCCAGGAAGGGCUUGGACGUGGAGGCUGUUUUUACUUUUUUUUUAUUUUAAGAAUACAGGAGCCAAGCUGUUUUGCACUUUUGUAUCCAGCUGCAAGCUCAGGGCAGAGUCAAGGGCCUGGGUUGGGGACACCUGACUUGCAGGAGCGCAUUCAAGGUCUCAGACCCUUGCAGCUGCCCAGUAGCCCUUGCAGCUGGCGUUGAAGCAGGCUGCAAGAUUUGACUGCCUUAAUAAAAACACAAGGCCCUCUAGGCCUGGCAGGGGAGACCCCAGGUAUGCAGGUCGGGGACACGGCGAGGCACUGGGGGCUCGCAGACUGGUUUCUAGCAGUACUGGUCAUGGCCAUGUCGUUCUAGAAGGGUCCAGAUUAUUUUACGUUGAGUCAAUUUUUAAUGUUCUGAUCACCUGACAGGGCACCCAAAAUCCCCAACUCCCAAUAAAAGCCGUGUCAUUCGGA